AAAACUACACACAAAAUGAAGAAAGGCAAGACGGAUGAAAUUCUAAACAAAAUUAAACAAUAUCGGCAAUAAAACUAAUUAAUAAAUUAUUAAACUGUGUAAAAUAAACAAUUUGAAUAAAUGUUUUAUAUGAAAUUAAAGAAAUUUACUUAAAAAAGUAAUGCAUUCAUUAAGAAAAUCCAUGACAAAUUAUUUUUACUAACUUGUCAAGAGAGUGUUUGUGUGUGUGUUAAAGAGAGGAGCAUUUACAGAACAAAACGGAAAUAGUGCAUAAAAGAAAAUAAAGCAAAAGAUAUGAAGCAAAAUAAAAAAGAAACAAAAAAAAAAUAAAUAACAAAAAAUAUGUUGAAUGGAGAUGUGGGAAUGAAUGAAAGAAGGAAAACUACGAAAAUGUGCAAAAAUACAUAUAAAAACAACAACAACAACAGCAGCAACAAACAAAGAUAAAUACGUAAAAACACCACAGUGGCAAAACUAAAAGACAACAAAAAAAAAGCUCAUCAAAAUUCAAAAUAAAAAUAAAGCGAAAUUAAAAAAAAAAGUGUUGCUGAAGUUAGAAGGAAAAAUAAAUAAAAAAACAUAACUUUAAGAAAAUAAAGGGGCAACUAAUAAGAAAAGAGUUAUUAAAACAAAAAGUGAAAACUUGAAAAGUUACUUUUUUCUUACAUGGUGUGAGUGUGUUUUUUUUGUGCUGAUGAUGAUGAUGGUGGUCGUCGUCGCAGCCGUUGUGGCCGUCGUUUUUGUGUCUCCUCUCCGUUUGAAAUAAAAAAAAUCGUACGUUCGUUGUUAUAUCGUUGUCGUCUUCGGUUGUAUGUUGACGUCGUUUUUUGAAUUUGUGCUUUCACAGAGCCGUCGCAAUAAAUAUUCGCAACAUAAUCGUUUUUGUUGUUGCCUUUUUUAUUUAUUUAAAACUUAAAAAUGUAGAAAAUUCUUAGAAUUGAGAAAAAACAACAAAAAAAAAGAUAAAAAUCAUCCUUCGAAAUAUAAAUGGUGCAUACAAAUAUUUGUUGGUGUUUGACAGCGUGUAUAGAUGUGUGUUAAAGUAAAAAUAAGCUAAAACAACGAGUGAAGAAAAAGUUUAGAGCAAAAAGUGUGAAAAAUAAAGAAAUACAAAAAAUAAAAAAAGAAAAAAACAAAAAAUCCAGUCUGCUUGAGUGGCGGCCACCAUUAAAAGCCGUCGCCAUUAUAUUUCAUGCAAAAAAUAAAAUGGUUCAUAAAUUUUAUUGAAAAUACAAGCAAAAUGGCCGGAAUUAUGUCAUUUCAAAAGUAUUUGCUCAAAGUUAAUUAGAAUUUUUGUGGAAAUUGUUAAAUUUAGCUAUAAAAAUGUAAAAUUAUAUGAAAAGAAACAUGUUUUAACAAAAGAAACUACCUGGUGAAAGGUCUUGGACCACCCCCCACCCACUUAAAACAAAUACACACACUCACUCCUACAGAAAGUGACUGACAUAAACACAGUUAACAAAUACUCUGACACACACACCCUUAAAUACAUAUGUACGAGAAAAAUCAUAAUAAAAUAAUAAAGAAGAAAAAAUCUAAAAAUCAAAAUAAUUUAAUAAAAUCAAUCAAUUCCUUUGAAUCAAAACUGGCCCAAAAGCAAAUGAAUGGCAUCAUAUAACACGAGUAACCAUCAUUCAGCAGCAGCAGAUGUGUUGAGUAACUCUUUAGCCGCCGGCGGCGCCCAUACUCAACAUACUCAACAUAACCAACAUCACCAGCAGCAACAGCAGCAGCAUCAUCAGCCGCAGCAUCAUCAAUUUUCCAAUCACCAACCGUCCCUAACCCCACUACAUCAUUCCCAUCAUCCUACACAGCAACAUUUCGAACGCAGCAGCAGUAGUAGCAGUACUACCUCCACCACCUACCUGGUACCCGUUACUUCAUCUCACUUGCCAUUGGAUUCGAACGCUUUCCUAUCUGCCUCUCCCCACUUUGUGACCUCGAAUCCGGUGUCGCUUAGUUCUCACUCAGCCUCAAACACUUCCUCGUCGUACACUUUUGUUCAGAUUAAACGUGAACCUUGCCAAGUGUCGGAGGUAACCACCUCCAAUACAAAUAAUCACCAUCAUCAUCAUCAUAUCGGUUCUUUAGCUGCGGCCUCAUCUGCCUCCUCUUCCUUGUCGUCGUUGUCGGCCUCAACGGCUUCGGGUUCGUUGGCUGCUGCGAAAACUAUGUCAUCGUCGACCUUGACGACACUGGUUAAAAUAGAGGCUUCAUCACCGAAAGUUCAUGAAAUGGAUAAGACGCAUGUUAAUGCACAAGCUGGCGGCUGUGGCGGUGGUAGUGGCAAUAUGAUCAAUAGCUCAAAUAAUACUGUACCAAUUGGUAUUGCAGUGGCACGUAAACGGCCACAGGAAACAGCAGCACCACCUGCUCCUCCUUCUUUAACAAGUUCCUCAACAUUGCCUUUGUCACAACCACUUAAUAAGGAUAUGAAUUGUUAUGGAAUACGAGUUGCUGAUUUGGGUGGUGUUGGCACCGGUUGUGGUAAUAUCUAUUUUACUGGCAAUGGUGAUUUAAUGACCAGUUCAGCAACCGCCGAUGAACUAGCUUUAGCUAAUGCGGCCAGUUUACAAAGUGUUAAUCGUGCACCCUCAACAUUUUGGCAAUAUUCAAAUGCGCUUCCCAUUGAAUCAGUGAUAUCCAUGUCCCCCGCUACCGUAGGUUUACAAUACUCCCGAGAGGCAAGUCGAGGUCAAGUGGUUUUACUACCAGCCACUGCCUCAACCUUAGGAUUAUCAAAUUAUCCAAUUCUAUGUACACCCACAGAUCCCUUCCAACAGGCGGCUGCAGCGGCCUUUGUCUGGCCCUCCUACAUACCGCAGGGUACGGCACCGGCCACUUUACAACCGCCGCCAAACUUUUUAUUUCCCUCCAUGAGUCCACAUUCAACGUUGCAAGCGGCAGCAGCAGCACAACCAUAUGCCACGUCAUUGCAGCUCUUGGGUUCAAACUAUUUAACAGCUGCCGCGGCGGCAGCAGCUGCAGCGGCUGCCACUUCCACACUGUGCCAGCACAAUCAGCAGACAAAUAGCACCAGUAGUUCGAUAAAUUUAAGUUUAGGUGGCUCCGUCUCUGGCUCCAGUUCCGGCACAACUAUGAGCAGUUCGACGACAACGCGUUUUAUGAGUUUGGCAACGACUGGCGGUGGUGGAGGAGCUUCCAUAAACGACACAGGUCAGUCGAAGGCAUCAGCACACAAAGCUUUAGCACCAGCUCCUCUACCAGUACCACCACCUCCACCGACAUUAGCUUUAGCCAACGGUCAAUCAUUGAUAUCUUCAGCCCAUCACCAUGGUCACUCAGUGCCACCGCCACUGUUAAUACCGCCCUCAGCUUUAAAAAUGGAAGAAUGGAGUAGCGCCGACUUUAUGGCCGCCGCCUCAAAGACCACCACCACAACUUUGACGGCAGCAGCCUUGAAUGUCCCACAACCGCCGCCACCACCUCCCCCCGCUCACUACGAUCACAGGGACAAGAACUCAGCUCUAACAACGACUCACAGUGCAACGAACUUGUUGGAAUUGUCGGCUCCUAACACACAAGCUUUAAAUCUAAUGCGUUUACCUACCCCUCCCACAUCGGCGACAAUGGAAUCAGCAGCCGCUGCAUCAGCUGCUGCAGCCCCCAGCCAUUUGUCAACACAACUCUUAUUCCAGACUGCUACUCCCUCGCCCACACCCACAUUGCUCAAUCUUUCUGCCACCUUAAAUAGGGUAACACCCGCUCAGUCAUCUCAAAGUAGUCCGAAUGUAACAACUACCCUAACGUCGCUGGCAAACACCUCGACUUCACUUAAUAGCACGACAUCUGGUGGCUUUUUAACAUGUCCCCACCCGGCUGGCACCACAUUGAGCUCCAGUAUUGGGCCACCGACUCCCUUGGCGGAUGACAUGCCUGCUUUACAUUUCAAAACAACCACACAACACAUGGACACAUCGUCCUCCCCACAAAUAGUGAUGGGCGUACCGCGUGUAGUUAAUCCAGCUCUUCCUAAUACCAUGCCUUCGCAAGCUCAUCCCGCUACAGCUGCACCCCAAAUGCAGGAUGUUAAUAUACAAACGGAUACUCCGGUCUGCAGUGAAGACGAGAAUUCAUCUUGCAACCUAAACACCACAACCACACAAUGUAACGGUGGCAGCAGCAGCUCAGCAAAUACGGAACAAUGCACCACUGCUCAAUGUACACCACCUUUAACACAAAAUGACGAAUUGUAUCACGAUUCGGAAGCCCAGCAGCCAUUAGAACUCACAAAAUCUACGCCGCCGAACAAUUGCCACAGAGCAGAAACACCGCUGGUGGAGAGUUCCUACCAACUGCUGCGGCCAGAGGAACAAAUGCCUCUACUAAAGAGUCCCAUCAAACAGCAAACGGCAGCACAACUUAAUGAAGCAAUCGAGGAACAGCAUCAUGCUCUUCCUCUACAUGAUCAUGAUCAUCAGCAGUCGUUUUCGUUGACGGCCACCAUUACCAGUAGCACUGCAACGCCACACACUAAUCCGGAGGAUUUGACAGGUUUGGAAUUAUUAUCUAACAUAAGCACUAGUACUUUGGCCAAAACGGUCAACAUACGAGUGAAACAAGAACCUUUGGAUGCGGUAAACGAAUCAACCAUGUGCCAUCUAGCUGCUCCCGAACAACACCCAGUGAUGGAAUUAAAUUCCAGCCAUUUGGAGACACACCUGAGUGAGCAGCAUAACUCCUUGAUUUUACAUGCGGACAAUCUGCCCACUCCAGCCUCACCACGACCGCAGUCACCCUCACAACAUCUUGUAAUUGCUUCGCAUUCGCCAGUGGCCAACCUAGCCCAAAGUGAAGACGUUGAACCGUUGGGCGGCCUAAAGCUGUUGUGUGCUUUGGCCGAGCAAAGAAUACAAGAAGAAGAGGAAGUACAAAGUACAACCAUGAAUGCUGCAAAUGGUAUUUUCCGACCCGCAUCUACAAACUCACCACAUCAUUUUAAUGCCUCAUUUACGCAAAAUGCCUUUGUAAAACCAGUCGCAUCAACCUUCUCCCCCUUGGAUAUACAAAACUCCACCUUUCCAUCGUUGGAAACAUUGGAAUUGCCCUCGACUAGUACUAGUGGCACUUGCUUCUCAGUCCACAUAGCCGAAGCAGUGGCAGAGAGCCCAGUCAAACGUAAAAAGCAUAAACAUUCCAAAUCUUCAAAAUCAUCGUCUUCAGUAAACGGCCUGGGCAGCAGUGGCAGCAGCAGUAAAAAGUCCCAAAAGUGCAGUAAGAAAAACAAAAAGAAAUACUCCAAGGAAAAGAAACGCCACAAACUGCUGGCUGAAACUCAGCAGGCCGAUUUGGAUUUCGAUGAUCCACAGUUGCAGCAGGAACUACAAAAUGCUUUUCAAAAUUGCGUGGAUCCGAGUUUUCAACGCAUGGGUAAGUGGCCAACACCGCAGGAAAUCUUUAGCAUUAUGGAGAAUAGCAUGCGCAUGCGUUUGGCCGAUAUAACCAGACAAUAUCGCAAGAAGAAGCGCAAAUUGGACGAGAUAUCCAAGAAUAAAAAGAACAAAAAGAAAUGCUCCAAAUUGCAAGCAAAUCAACAGAUAUCCUUGGUGGGCAAUUCUGCUCUAUCGUUGGCCGCCUCCGAGAGAUCGUCUUCAUCGACAGCGGUCGUGGGGCCAACAACUUUAUCCUCAUCCCCGCUGUGUGAUUACAAGUUUGGUAAAUUCUCUACGAAAUCUUCCAGCAGCAGUGCUACCACAACAUCCAGCAAUUAUCUGGCACCCUCCAGUUUCAUACGCUUUGCUACCGAUACGAAUAAGUCUCAAAAUCAUCAUCACCACCUCAAUACACAUCCUCAAUUCCCACCACCUCCAGAUUUAGAGUUAGAAAACGAUAAUACCACCACCAACACACCUACCAAUAGCACAACUACCCUCAUCUAUAAGCCGGUACGUUUGGAGCCCAGUUCAUUAGAUCAACGAUCGGUUACUGCUGCCCAUUGUGUGGGUGUUGGCGGUGGUGCUGGUGGUAGUGGUAGCGGCACUAGCAAUGGCGUAUUACGUUUAGCUCAAAAACAUGCUUCCUCUGAAAAACAUUCUCACGUUAUUGUCUGCAAAGAACCUAAACUAAGCAGCUCUACAUCAUCACGCCGCUCCAGUGGCAACGAAGAUAUUGAUAACGAAGAUGACGAGGUCGAUGAUGACGAGGAAGAAGAAGAAGAGGCAGCAGCAGCCGACGAUGAUAAUGUUGAUGAGGAUGAAAUCGAUGAUGACAAUCACAAUCACAACCGCAGCAGCUCCGACACGGAAAUGUCAAAACAAGUUUGUGUGGCUAAACCGCGUAAAAUUAAUCCUAUCGAUCGUUCCCUAAUGCUAACACAAGAUCAUUUGUAUCGCAAAGAGACCCGAGUACUCACCGACAUGGGUGGUCUCUUUUAUGCGGGCAUUAUGAAACCACUACAGCCACCCGAUGUCUAUGCCAUUACCUUGGAUGGUGAAAGGGGCAAUAAAUCCCACAUUAUGUCUAGAGAAGAAAUAUUUAAGGAUACGAUUCUGGAAAUGGCUCCCAAGACCGUUGAAGAUGUAUCGGUGGGUACACGCUUGUGUGCGUAUUGGAGUCAGCAAUACCGUUGUCUAUAUCCCGGUCGGGCCAUAGAAAGUGAGUCUUCCGAUGAUGGUGUUACAUCACAAGAAUUUGUUAGUGUCGAGUUCGAUGAUGGCGAUAGCGGCAGGAUCCGCUUACAAAACAUACGUUUACUACUCAGCGAUUAUCCACAAGUUGAGUACAACGAUAAUCCCCUCUACUCUUUAGGCAAACAUAAAAAGUCCAGUGGCAAUAAAAUCUCCUCCAACAAUGAGUCCGAUCACCACCAUCACAGUCAAGGUGAUGACGAUGCCGAGGCUUGUGGUGAAGCCAAAGCAGCACGAAAAAAUGGUUCCAGCCGCGAUUAUCAUCAGGCUACGGCCAUGGAAAUAUUUGCCGCCAAGCGCAGUGAAAAGAAACGCAAUAAGAGUCUGAAAAAGAAAGCCCAAUCGCAAAAUAAUGCCAAUGGCUCGGCGGCGAAAGGUACAGUAUCCUCUUCGGCGCUUGAGGGAGGUCUUAAUGGUUCGAUGGAAUCGCAAACAGAUUGUGGCCGCAAACAUCACAAACAUAAGAAACGAAAGAAACACAAGAAACAUCGUAAAAAUCUCAUGGAAAUUGGUAUAGUCUCCGAAAUGGACAAGUCCUCUUUCAAAACCUCAUCAACGUCACACAAGAAAGCUGAACGCACAUUACAUACAUCAGUAGAACAGCAGCAGCAACACCAUCAUACUGCAACUAACUCUCAAACACACACACCGGCCAGCAGAGAGGAGGAGGAAGAGGAGCAACAGGAGGAAAACGAGGCAGAGUUAGAAGAGGAAGCGGAGGAAGAUGAUAAUUAUGAUGAGGAUCACAAUACUCAAACCGAAGACUCACAAAUGGCUGAGGACAAUAUUAAUUUGUCGAGAAUUAAGCAAGAAUCAAAUGGCCAUAUUUCAGGUACUAAUGCAUCUUCACUGAACUCUACGUCUGCUUCAAUAAAUAUUAAAGUUAAAGCCGAACGUUUAGAUCUGGAAGAGGAGAGUACUUCCAAUUUAAUGUCGGAAAUAUCAGAUGAGGCCAAAGGUGAUGACAUGGUCGAGCACAACAAUUCAAAAGGCAGUAAAAUUGCAGCUUUUCUGCCGGAACGCCAGCUGUGGGGUUGGCUGGGUACCGCCUAUUGUAAAUUUGGCAAUAAGGGUUCGAAGGGACGCAUACGCAAACAAUUUUAUAAAACUAUUAAGAGGGGCAAAGAAACAAUUACUGUGGGGGAUUGUGCAGUAUUUUUAUCAACUGGACGACCAGAUCGUCCCUACAUUGGUCGCAUCGAGUCAAUGUGGGAAAAUUCAUGUAAUAAUAAAAUCGUGAGAGUACGUUGGUUCUAUCAUCCAGAAGAAACAACUGGAUGUCCAAAUUUAAAAUAUCCCGGUGCUUUAUUUGAGUCACCCCAUGAGGAUGAGAAUGAUGUGCAAACGAUAUCGCAUCGUUGUGAAGUUUUACAAUUUGGUCGUUAUUACAAUAAAUUUGGAUCGGAUUCAAAGCAAUAUCAAUCGAUAUACGAUAAUAAUGAUACAUAUUAUUUAGCAGGCUAUUAUAAUCCAAGAUUACAAGUCCUGAAACUACAAGAUAAUAUUCCAACUCUUGAAGAGGAACAGCAGCAGCAGCAGCAACCACUAAAUACAACAACUAUAAUUUUAAAUAAUGAUAUAAUAACAACCACAGCAACAGCAGCAGCGUCAGCAAAAACAAACACAACUACUAUUAAUAAUAAUAAUAAUUCAAAUAAUACAAAUACUAACACUAACCUUAAUAUCAAUAAUUUAAUUACAAAUUAAAUUUAACAAAAGCAAAAAAAAUAAAAAAAAUUAAAAUAUAAAAAACACACACACUUACAAACACAAGAUACAAUAGAAGAUUCAAAGAAUAUUGAGGAGAUAUUGAGUACGAUGAAACCAUUAAAUGAUUUUUAUUAUAUAAAUUAAACAACAAAAAUUACAUAUUAUUAUAUACAUCCAAUAUAUUAAAUAUAUAUAUAUAUUUAAAAACAAAAAUCUUUAUUAGCAUAUAAAGCAAAAACAAAAAUACUAUAUGUAUACAAAAAAAAACAAAACAAAACAAAAUUAAAAAAAGAACUAACACCUUUUUAUUAUUAUAUUAUAUAUACAAUAUAUAUGUAUACAUAUAUUUAAAUAUUAUAUACUCUUUUUAUAUGGCUGUCUACUGUUCGAAGACACUGGAAUUUGUGAUUGUUGGUCUGUAACAAUUUAAGAAUGUAAAAUUCCAAGAACAAUCACGCAAUAAAAGUUUGUUAAGAAUUAUUUUUAAAAGAAA